AUGAGUUUUGCUGGAUUAGGGACGAAAGUUGAGAACGAUGAUAAUAUAGAGUAAUAAUAAAAGUCUCAAGAAGGUUGGAAUAUUGAGGAAGAAGAUUUCCAUUCUGAUGGGGGAAGUUAAGAUCAACAACCAUAAUAAUUAAACAAUUCUAGAAAUAACCCAAAUUAAUCUGAAAAAAAGAACGAUUGGGAAAUUGAUGAUGAUAUUGAUGAUUUUGCCUAAUCUACAACAGAAGUCAAUAAAAAAGAAGAAUUACAAUAAAAAUUUUAAUAAGAUGAAUAAAAAUCAUUAGAAUAAGUAGAUAUGUGGGGAAAAUUUACAAAUACCGUUUAAUAAACUUAAACUAUUGAAAAACUAAUUAAAGAAAGUGCACCUUAAAAAAUUAAGUAAACCUUUUAAAAUAUAUUUGGAUCUUAAAAUAGUGGAUAAACUAAUAUUAAUAUUACAUAAGAGAAGACAUAAAAUAGUAAAGUCUUUGCAAGUGUUUAGCAAGUUAUUGAUAUGAAGAAAUUAUUGGAGUUUGAAAAGUAUGCUUUAUUAUAAAUUAGAUCUGAACUAGAAGAUUAAUUAAAACUUAGAAGAAUUUAAGCUGAAAAUGAAUUAAGUGAGCAAAAAGCAGAAUUAGAAGAUAAAAUAAAACUAUUCACAAUAGAAAAAGAACAAUUUAAUAAAUAAUUAAAGGAAACCAAAUAAUUAUUUAAAUUGUCUGAACUUAUUGAACCUCAUGAUAAUCAUCAAGAAAUCAUUUGUAAAUUAAGUAAAGAGAAUGAAAAUUUAAAUAAUGAUAUUACUAAAUUAAUAGAAACUUAAGAAAAAUAAAUAAAUGAUUAUGAAGACAAUAUUGAACAAAUGUAAUAAGAAAUUGAAUAUUACAAAAACUAGUUUAUAAAAUAUUAAUCAAAAUAUUAAAUUGUUAAAGAAAAGAUUAAAGUAGAGAUUCCAAAAAUUUAAAACUAGUUAAAAACUUUUAAAAAAUAAGAAUUGAAAAAAUAAGUUACAAAUCAAAUUGAAUAAUUUAAGAACUAUCAUAAUACAAAAUAUAAUGAUUUAAUAUAAAGUGCAUAAUAGUUAACAUUUUAAUAGUUGAAAUAAAUCAGCAUUCUCUAAUAAGAUAAUAUUUAAUUGAUGUAGUAAGUUGAAGAAUUAGAUGAAUUAAAAGAAGAACACUAAUCAAGUUAAUAUAUAAUUAAAUAGUUGAGAAUUUCUGAAGAUAAAUUAAUAGAAGAAAAUGAAAGAAUUCAGAAUUAGAAUUAAGAAAAAGAGAAUUAAAUCUAAGAACUUUAGGAUUAAUUAAUUAUUUUGAAAAAAGAAUUUAAUAAAGAGAAAUUUGAGUUAAUUUAAUAAAUAAAGUCAUUAUAACAAGAAGUUGAUUAACUAAAAGCAAAUUAAUAAAAUUAUGUUGAAAAAUAAAGUAUGAUAAAAUUAGAACAAUAUUUAACAGUUAUUUAAGAAGAAAAGAAAGCAGUACUUAUUAAUUUAGAAAAUAAAGAAACAUAAAUAUUGCUUUUAGAAUAAUAAAUUUAAGAUUUGAAUGAGGAAUUAAAUAGAUAAUAGAAAAGUGAUGGUAAUGAUAUUUGGUAGUAAGAGGAUAAAGGAUGGGAUUUGGAUGAUUCAUUUUAAAGAAAAUAUGAUGAAUGUAAUAUAUUGAAUAAUUUAAUAGUGGAGUUACAAAUGAUUUAAUAUCGAAAUGAAAAUCAUGAAUUAAAAUAUUAAUUAAAAGAAAUAGGAGUUAGAAUGUUAUAAUAAUAACAUAAAUAAGAGGCAUAAGUUGAAUAGAUGCAUUAAUUAUAGAUGUGUUUAGUUGAUACAGAAUAUUAGAAAAACUUUUAAAAUGCUGUUCAGUAAUACUUAAAAAUAUUUAAGAUAAGAAAGAAUAUAAGAACUAGAAGAAUAAAUUUCAAUUGAAAAAAGGAAAUUUUCAGAUGAAGAAGAGAAAGUUAGCGAAUAAAAUUUAUAGGUUGAUGAAGAUUCUUAAAGAGCAAUAAAUGAAUUAAGAUAAAUAGAUUAUGAAGGAAAUGCAGCAUAGAGAGAAGAUGGAGCUUGGGAAUUUGAAGAUAGUCUUAAUGUUGAUAUUUAAGAAGUAUGUUUAUAUUAUUAAUAAUAUUUAGUAAGAAAAUACUAAUGAAUAUUAAAAUAUUUAAUUAAAUUAAGGAUAAAAUAUUCAAUAGCAAGAUUAUGAAAAAUAAGUAGAUGAAGGCUCUGAUUUUUAAGAUGAAAUAUAAUAAAUUAAUGAUUACUAAUCCGAUGAUCAAAUAUCAAAUAAAUAGUCAGAUAAUUAAAUUAAUUAUUAAAAUAAUUAAUCAUUAGAAGAAGAAUAAGAAGAACUAAAUAGAGAUGAAGAAUGGUAAUAGGAUGUAGAAAAAGAUUAAGAUAUACAAUCAGAAAAUGAAGCUUUAUUACAAAAUUAUGAGGAAGAAGAUAAUGAGAAUUAUGAAAAUAUUGAAGAUUAUAUCGAAAAUUAAGAUUUAAAAUUAAAUUAAGAAUAUCAGUAAAAUCAUAAUUUAGAAGAAUAUCAGUAAAAAAAUAUUUAAGAAGAAUAUCAGAAAAAUCAUCAUAAAUAUCAAGAUUAAGAAUAAUAAUUAUAAUAAGAUGAGUCAGUAGAUGAAUCAAUAAAUUAAUCAGUAAACGCAUCAUAAAAUGAUCAAAAUUAUGAAGCUUAAGAAAUUUAUGUGGAUUAAAAUAAUUUUGAUAAUUAAAACUUAUAAGAUAGUCAAUAAGAUUAUGAGGAAGCAAUUGAAUAAUAAAGAGAUAGUUAAAUUUCACAAGUAGAUUCUUAAAAUUAAAAUGAUGAGUAUGAAACUUAAAAAAAUAAUGAAGAUUAAAAAUCAUCAAGUUAUUAAGAAUAAAAUUAUGAAAUUUAAGAAAAUGAUUAAGUAAAUAAUUUUAAUGAAGAAUUUAAUCAUGGAUAAGAAAAUUAAGAAGAACAACAACAAUUUAGCGAAAACAAUGAUGAUGAAUAAAAUAAUAGUGAUGAAGAUUUAAAUAAAAGUGAUAAUCAAAAUAAUUAUUAAGAAUAAGAAUAAAAUUAGGAUAAUAAUGAUAAUGAAGAUGAAUAGGAAGAAUAUAAUUAAGUUUAAUAAAAUUUAGAGGAAUAAUCAAAUGAAUUUCAAAAUUAAGAAAUAGAACCAGAACCAUAAAUAUAAUCAUAAAUAGAAUAAUAAAAAAGCCAAGAAUAAUUAUAAGAAAAUGAUAAAGAACAUAAAGAUAAUUAAGAUUAAUUAUUUUAAGAUAUUGAUCUAUAAGUUAAUUUAGAAAAUAAAUAAUAAAUACAUGAUAAAAGUCAUUAGUAAGAAGAACAAAUAAUGGAAAAUAUAACUUGUUAAUAAUAAUAGUAUAUUGUUGAUUAAGAAGAGGACAAUUUUGAUAAUGAGUUGGAAGUUUAAGAGAGUAAUAAUGAAGAUGUAUAAUAAAAAAAUGUAGAAGUUGAAAUAGAUGAUUAAAUUAAUAAAGAAUAAGAGUAGUUAGAAAUUGAAUAUUAGAUUAUAGUUGAGCCAAUUUAAAAUUUGAAUGUUGAUAAUUAAAUUAAUGAGAAAAAUAUAUUUGAAUAAGAAGCUUUCAAUCCACAUAAUGAAAAACCUAAAUGUGGAGAUCUAUUAAAAAUGGUUAUUAAUUCUUCUAAUUAAUUAGAAAUUAAUUAUAAUAUUGAUUUUAAUUCAUAAAGGAAUAUUCCAUCAUAAUGUGAUCUAUCUCCUUCUUGUUAAGAUUUAGGUGUUUAAGAAUAGAUCUCAAAACAACCCUUAUUUUCAGAACGAAAAUCUUAUGAUAAAAUAAUAUAUGAUCAAGAUGAAGGUUUUUAAAUGGUUUAAUAACCUUUAUAAUUUAAUGUCAAAAUAAAUUAAAUAUAAAUUGAUAAUUAAAAUGUUAUAGAAGAAUAAAUUAGCAAUUAAAUUGAAAAUCCAGAUGAAGAAUAAGUUAAUCAAUGGGAUGUUGAUGAUGAUAUUGAUUUUGAAAAUGAAGCAGAAAAUUAAUAAGUUUAAGUAAUCUAAGAGAAUAAUAGUAAUUAAGAAAUUGCUUAACAGAAUAUUAAUAACCAAUCAUAGAAUUAGUAAGAAAGAGAUAAUAAAAUAUAAUAAUAAAUUUAAGAUUAAUAAUUUGAAGAAUAAACUCCUGAGAUGUAAUUUGAUGAUAAUGUUAAGAAUUAAGAAUAGUAAAACAAUAUAAAAAUACAGAAUGUAGAAAGACUAAGUUAAGAUUAGUUGUAAAUAGAUGAUGAAUUAGAAGAAAUAGAUCCAUGGGCUUAAUAAUAAUAAGAUCAAGGGGAAAAUAUAUAAUCAGGUUGGGAUUUAGAUGAUGUAUGA